AUGUCUGGUGAAACCAAAACCAGCGCCCCGCGCUAUGAUCCCAACUUCACCCAAAAUGUCAUCAAUGCCAUGGGCCCCAAGACAUCCCCCCGGAUGCGGGAAGUCAUGACCAGCUUGACCAGACACCUCCACGACUUUGCUCGAGAAGUUGAGUUGACCGUGGACGAAUGGGCCGAGGGUGUUCAGCUGCUCAACUGGGCUGGCCAGAUGAGCAACGACAGACGAAAUGAGGGUCAACUAGUGUGCGACGUUGUCGGCUUGGAGACGCUCGUGGACGAGAUCACAUACAAGAAGGCUGCCGAAGCUGCCGAUCUGGCCACUCAGAGUGCCAUCCUGGGUCCCUUCUUUCAGACUGACCAUACCAUCCGAAAGAAAGGCGACAGCAUCGCGGACAACACGCCGGACGAUGCCGAAGUUGUGUAUCUAUAUGGUCAAGUUGUGGAUGUCACGACCAAGAAACCGUUGGCGAAUGCGUCAGUUGAUGUGUGGCAAGCAUCCACAAAUGGAUUGUACGAACAACAGGACGAGAACCAGCCCAAGUCGAACCUAUGCGGCAAGUUCUACACGGACGAGAACGGAGAGUACGGUUUCUACUGUCUGAGACCGACUCCUUACCCUAUUCCAUACGACGGACCAGCUGGCAAACUGCUGCAAUUGCUCGACAGACACCCAUAUCGACCCGCCCACAUUCAUUUCAUCGUGUUGGCUGAGGGUUUCAAACCCAUAACGACCCAGAUAUUCGACAAGGAUAGCAAGUACCUCGAUGACGACUCGGUCUUUGCGGUCAAGGAUUCUUUGAUUGUCGAAUUCGUCCCCCGGCAAGGUGACGAGAAGGCCAAAAAGGAACUGAGAUAUGACAUCGGAAUGGCCCCGCUGUCCGCCAAAGGAGAAUCCGGUGAAGCGCUGGUGACCGAAGUUUUCUCAUGCCCGCUUCCGACGCUUCCCAAGUUGAUCACCGAACCUCCAUUUCCCAAACUCCACGAAGGUGCCAUAUCCGAGUUCUCUCACCCACCUGCACCCAUCAAAAUCCCCGGAAAGCGACCCCCUCCGAGUGGCCCCAUGCCUCGUCCACGCGUCAAGGACGAAGACCGGAAACGAGUGGCGCGGGCCUGUGACACCUGCAAGCGGAGGAAGGAAAAAUGCGAUGGCCAACAACCUUGCUUGCUCUGCAAGCGACGGUGUCGCGAGGCUGAAUGCAUCUUCACCGAAGCCUACUCCAAGCGAAGCUCACAGCGCCAGAGCAGCACGGCGUCGUCUCAUCCCAUCACCCUCAAGGAUGCCUUGAACGAGAACAACGAUGCCGAGAUCGCCAUUGAAUCGCUCCUGACGCUGUCGGGUUCGAGAAGCGCUCCAAAGUCUCCCCAGUAUGAAAAGGAUCCGGACGCCCUCGUGUCGAGAGCGCCGGUGCCGAAGCUGGCCAGACUGCUCCGGGAUGGUCGCGGCAAGUUCAUCUUUGUAGGUGACUCGAGCAACCUGGCGUUUGUCCAGAACAUCCGCCGCUUAGUAAAGGCAGAGAUAGGGGAGUGUCAAUUGACCUCCGACCCCCUGCGGCAUGCUAUGUGCGAAGUAAUUCCACCUCCUAAGGCGCCAACGCCUGCUCAGUCGCAACAUCCCAAACCCAGCUUGGCCGAGGCUCAGGAUCUGAUCAAACAUUAUCUACUGGCGUCGAGUGGUGUGAUUGAUCUGUUCGACCCUGACGACAUCACCCAGCAUCUGUGUGCAUGGACGUGCGAUCCGGCCGCUGAAACGGAUUUUAACAGUUCCAUAUAUUAUCUGGUCAUGGCCAUCGGAGCCUUGACUCGCGACGCGACCGACCUGGAUCAGGCCGAGUUUUACUUCUCACGUGGUCGAGAAAUUGGAGUCUCGAGUUUCUUGGAAGACCCCAGCGUCCUGACUGUUCAAGCGUACGCCCUGAUCACGUUCUACAUGUUGUCCGCUGUGAGACGAAAUGGCGCAUUUAUGCUGCUGGGCAUCGCCGUGCGAGCUGCAUAUGCUCUAGGAUUGCACAGGAGCGAUAUAUCAAACCUGUUCGAGCCGAGAGAAAGGCUGGCGCGAGAACGAGUGUGGAAGAGCUUGCGUGUCCUCGACCUGUACAUGAGCGGCUCACUUGGCCGACCACCAGCAACAUCAGAAGUCGAUGGGGGAAGCGUGUCUUGGAAUCGAUCGACCAGAGACUACGAAGAUAUCCAGAUGAAUGGACGCAAUACCUCGGCGACACUCAGGAUAUGUUUCAUCUUUGAGCGGAUCUUGAACGAGGUCUAUUGUCGUCGAGAAGUCUCGGUUCAGCUUGUGGAGAGCAUCUCCCGACAAUACCGAGACUGGACCAUGCAACUGCCAGCAGGCCUGCAAGCUGACAGUCUGGACCAGAAGGGCGGCUCUACUGCUCCGACACUGACACAAACCAUCGGCAUCGCCCAUCUAAAGGGUUCUUAUUAUUGGUCGAUCAUUCUUCUGACAAGACCAUUUCUGAUCUUCAAGGUAUCCUCGAAGAUCAAAGGCCGUUCUGACGACGAGGACAGCGCUGGGAACUCGGUAACCAUGACUCUCAGCGAAGCCUGUAUUGACGCUGCGCUGAGGAGUGUUGAGAUCGCAACUGAUAUUGUUCAUACCCCGGGAGUACCCAAACGACUGUUCAUGAUCACCAACAGCGCAUUCAUCUCGGCCAUGGUGAUCGGGUUUGCCAUUUUUGGCGACUUCGACAAGUCGUUUCCCUUGCUCAGCAGCAUUUCCCAAGCGGAGGCUAUCUUGGCAAUCAUGGCCAAGGAUGACAUGUCGGCUCGCCGACACUAUGAGAUCACCAGCUAUCUGCGACUUGCCGCGAUCGAGCAUAUUCGACGACGAGACCAGAUGCAGAUGCAGAAACGAAGGCAGGACAUCCACAACAUCUUCGGCGAUCCUAUCAACAAGACAAACGGUACAGACUCAAGCAAAGAAACCACCGGCAAUCACACUCCCAGUCAAGUUUCGGUCACAGAAGCCGCCGCUCCAAACAACAAUGGCACGACGGCCCUGUUCGAUGCCACAGAGGAGUCGGGUGACCCUGCGCCGCCAUGGCAGCUGCGGUUCGACAUGCCGCCCGAGAGCCGCGGUCCUGUACUGACCACCUCUGGAACAUUGGCGUACAAUGACGAGGACGCCGCAGAUCCGAUCCCGCCGUUCCCGCGAGCCGAUUUCGGUCAGAUGCAAGAAGCUGACUACUUCUCACCGGACGGAUCCGGAAUUCCGAGUCUUCCCUCGUAUACCGAAGAGUUUCCGCUCUUCUCGCUGAUGACAGAGUUCGAUCAGCUGCAGGAUCCUUUCUCGAUGGUCAGGUCAUGA